UUGCUUGUGUCCUCGCGCUGGUGCUCGGGAGUGGGGGAAGCAACCGCUGUUGCUCGAGCGGGGCAGGGGACUCAACAGCCGGUUCCCAAAUAAGCAUACAGCCUGCUUUUGGACACCUAUACCGGGUUUUAGGGCAGCCGACAAGAACACGCUUUCAAGUUGCUCUAUCACUUUUGUUUUAGUUGGCUUCGUAUACUUCGUAUUUCUCUUGUGGAGAAACAGGGAAAGGGCAGCACAAGGCUUUGCAACUGCUUUGUUUGUUCGAGCUUCCGCCCUUCCGAGUUCACACUGCUGAUUCCGAGGAAGGAAACAAAUGCAGGGAUAGAAAAAGGAAUAGGGAUAAACUGAGAACCAUCGACACAUACAAAGAUAAAGUACGCAUGGAUUUAGUUAAUCCUUCUCGAAACCUUGAGCAGAAGUCCAGGAAUUUUUUGCAUCACAGGUCGCUGAUCGAAAAGAGAGCUAUUUUAAGAGAGCGAUUUUUCCAGCAGUCUGUUUACAUGCUGGGCCUUGGCAGUUCUCCUCUAAUUCUUCAAUAUUUCCCUGGUCUUAUACCCCGAGAUCAGAUUGUGUCACUUGGCUUUUAAGAUUGUAAAUAUACUCAAGUCAAACUUGAUUCGAAUUUUUCGGGGUACAAUUUAAACUGAUGGUCCUAAAUUGAUUCUGUUUUUUUUGUUGUUUCCAGGGCAACCAGCUACUCCAGUAGCUGGAGCAUAUGUUACAUUCUAUCUUAUUGGGAACACUUGGUGCUGUCACUACUAGCUUUAACUCUCUUAAAAGGAAGUUCCUGAAAAGUCUGACUCGUAAAGAACCUUGUGAAUUGCUGUUGGUGAUUGGAACUGGAGUGAGUGCUGCUGUUGCACCACAUAUACCUGCACUGUGCUCAUGGCGAAGUUGUAUUGAAGCAGUAAUCAAUGCAGCAGAAGAUCUGGAGGUGCUUCAUCCUUCUGAUAUUACGGAGUUUCGUCAUAAACUAACAGAAGAUCGUGACCUUCUUGUGCUUGCCCAUGAUCUAAUCCGGAAAAUGUCACCACGUACUGGAGACACCAAGCCGAAUUUUUUCCAGGAUUGUCUAAUGGAAGUGUUUGAUAAUCUUAACUGUCACAUUCAGAAUCCCAUGCUCUUGGAUGCUAUUCUUCAAUUAAUGGAUAGGGGAACAAUGGUUCUCACCACUAAUUAUGAUAAUCUGCUUGAACUCUUUGGUCAACAGCAAGGCAAACCAAUGGAAUCUGUCGACUUGAAGUGCAAGGACAAGGUGGUUCAGUGGGCCAGAGGACUACAAAAAUAUAGUGUCCUUCAUAUACAUGGACUAUUCACAGAUCCCUGUGGUCUGGUAUUGGAUCCAUCAGGAUACAAGGAUGUAAUGCAUGAUCAAGAUUUGAUGGAAGAAUUUCAGGACCUGUACCGUACCAAGUCAUUUGUAUUUUUGGGCUGUGGAGAAACUCUGCGUGAUCAGAUCUUCCAGGCACUAUUUUUGUAUUCUGUUCAAGACAAAGUGGACCUGGAACACUUUAUGCUCGUGCGAAAGGAUAGCCAUGAUCAUUUCUUUAAGUUGCAGGCAGAGAUGCUGCUGCAUGGGAUUAAAAUAGUAUCCUACGGAGACCGAUUUGAAUGUAUGCCUCAGUAUUUCCAUGACUUGGUGACACAGAUUUGCAGGAGGAAGAGCCCAGAUGGUUCUUCUGCAGAUAGUACAAGUCCAAUACUAGGAACAUCUUGUUCAGAUUGUGUAAAGCGGAAACAAGAAGAAAAUGGUGAUGUAACUCAAAAAAGGAUCCGAAAAGCAAAUGAUACAGAUUAUGGAGGACCAUAAAUUGUCCCAAUAAAGCACCUUCACCAAAGUGCCAUAUCCCAAUCCAUGAUGUUGGAUGCAUCGAAAUGGGACUGAAAACCUUUAUUUGUAUCAGCACAAGUUGAUUGGUAACUCCACAGAAUAAAAACAGUACUUUGUAACUGUUGAGCAGUUGUUACAACCAUUAAAUGCAAUCAGUGGCUCUCUUGCCUUCA